UACUUCAUAAUUAUUUUAUCACUUUUGGAUGUUUGUUAUGGCGUUGGCCUACAAAUUGCUAAAUACCCGAACAUAACAAACACUACUGAGUGCGGUAUCGGUCGUGAGUCACAACUUAUGAACGACCGGUUCUUUGAAUGGCAUACAAGUCGUGAUUUGAUGUCUUCAUCUAUAGUCAACGGUAGAGAAGCAAAGAGGGCUGAGUUUCCAUACAUUGUGUACAUCGAGAGAUGGGACAGAAAGGAUACGAAUGGGAAGAUCGAGGAAAAGAAAAAAGGUCACUGUACGGGAAGUGUUAUUAACGAGGACUGGAUAUUAACGGCAGCGCAUUGUUUCAAAAGUAAUACUAUUAAAUGUGAGGGCGUUUGCAUUUAUAAGGUAUACGCGGGUAUUAUAGACAAAACACAACCGGGCGUUGAUUACGGACACCAAUUGAUUAUUCUUCACCCAAACUAUACGUCACAAAACGCUGAGUAUGACAUCGCGUUAAUCAAAGUUAAAAUACCAAUGAUUUUCAGUGCAAACAGUGGUUAUUAUCGGCAGAUAAACAGCAUUUGUUUGCCUCCUAUUGGUCACUACAACACCGACAAUGAGUAUGCAGUGAUCGCCGGCUUCGGUGAUAUUUAUGGAGCAAAAGAUGUCAAUAGACUGCUAAUGGGUUGGACUCGUAUACCACCGCAACAGUCAAACAGUUUAGUACUUGUUAUUGACAAACAAUAUCCAUAUCCCGAUGGAUCGUAUGUGUGUUUUGGUGAUUCUGGUGGUCCCCUAAUACAGUAUGUUAACAAUAGAGCAGUGAUUAUAGGUGUGGCGGCUAAAGCACUUGUAAAUGUAUUUUACUGCACCCAAUACAAUGCUACCACACCUGUGAUUAUCACUUAUGUGAGAGUGUCCGACAAAAUCAAUUGGAUUCAAACAGAAAUCAAUACAAAAUCAGUUAAAUAA